AUGGCAAUACUGUUUCUUCUUUCAGAUAUUCAAAACAAGAAACCAAUUGUGUGUCAAUUUGCCAACCCCCUUCCAGAUGACAUCCACAAGAGGACAGAGGCUGUGGUUAUGGAGGGCAAGUAUUGGAAACGAAGGUUUGAGUCAGUCACAGGCGAAUACAAAAGUUGGCGUGAAUUCUCCAAGAACCUCAUCACUCAAGCUAGACGCAAUUCUACAACAUCAAAAGGAAGUUUCCCGAAUGAUCUGUUUGAGUGGUCUUAUCAGGGAAAGACAAGUAACCAGGAAGCUGCAGAUCUCCCCUUCAGUAUGGAAGACAUGGAAUUUUCUGACACCAUUUUCUCUCUGAAUCAACCGUUUCCAUUUCCAAACCCUCGGGAGCUGAGUCAAACAGGCUAUGCUGAGCUUAUUCAGCCAGUUCUUACACAGCUCCAACCAAAUUUGGAUGACUAUAUGGACACAUUGGAGCCAAUUCAGAUGAUCUCAGACAUGCUGUCGACUUCAAGGUCUCAGGGCUUUCCAUCACAGACUAGUCCUAUUUCAUCUUCCUACCAUUCAUUACCGGACAGCUUAUUCAUCUCAAUGGAUAAUGAUCUUGCACCAUCAUUACAGGUGAGAAUGGACUCAAUAUCACCUGUAAUCAGUCUGAAUAGCCAACAACUACGAGAGAAAGAACAGCAACUUGGUAUUUUGCCACCCUCGCCUGGCAUUGCUUCUUCAUCCACUUUGCAUUCUGAAGUAAAUACAGUCCUAACGUCACAGCAGGAUGAUUCUGCAAACUUGUCUGUAUUUCCUCAUAUAUCUCUCUGCAGUCCUGUAACAUCUCUGGGAGAUACAGUUGUUCAAAGGGUGUCAGUUCCUUUGGCUGCAGAGACCCCAGUUGCCCUUCCCCAGUCAGAUGCUACUCAUCUGCUGAACAAAAUCUUAAUGCAACCAUCAAGCAGCCAAACCUUACCCCAGGCUCCAUCAGAGAGUCUCAACCAACAGGCACAGCCUGUACAGCAACCGCAGCAACAACAAAGUGCCCUCCUUGCACCUACCCAUACCCCUCAACCACAGCUGUUGUCAAUAACCCAAAGGGACCCCUCAAUAGCUAGUGGGCCAGUGCUUGCAAUUGCACAACCCACUAGAGUACUGCAUCAGGCAGGGCAAAUUCUGCCUCAGACAACAAUUGCAAAUUCUCUUGGAUUAGGGGCUUCUUCUGAGAGGGGUAGCAGUAGGGUGGUAACAAUUGAUGGGACGAUCGAUGACUCACCUACUUCUAAUGAUAGUGCUGGAAGCAGGUCAUCACCUACAGGUGACCUAUUUCAGGGUGGAGUAGUACCUGGCCGUAAAAGGCAGUCCUUCAACAAAACACCUUCAUCUGGCCGGAACCAAGGCUUUGUCAUACCUACAUCCACCCCCAUGAUUAGGAGCAAAUAUCGUACAGUGACAGUCUCCCCCCCAUCUGUUACUAGAACAGAGAUCUCAUCAUCGUCAGCUUCCUCAUCCAACACAUUUCUUGCCCAGUUGCUCACUACAGGUAAGUAUCACGGUGCAAGUACAGAUGUCAAGCAUGAACCAAACUGGAAGCCUUGUAUAAUCUCAACAGUGUCCCUGGCUACUACAACUACAUUGACCUCAGCUUACCCACGAAUCCAACCAGCCCAGGAUUCUACAUCCCCUACACAGAGCACAUCUACAAAUCCUGUAACUUUAGCCAGUUCUACACCAACCAGUAUUUCCAUCAACUUCACGCAGCCAUCUGUCUUGGGCAAAGCCAGCAACAGCAGCAGUUCCCAUUUGACCAACUAUUCUACUAGUGUCUUACCAGUAGUGUCCAGUUGCACCUUCUCUAAGAACCAACAGUCGCAGGACACAUCCAGUGGGUUCAUUCCUGGAAAACAUGGUGGGUGUGUCUGUUAUUCCUUUGCCUCUUAUUGUCUCAUUUGUUUUGCCUUGAUCAAACCAUUACCUGGAAAAUUCUCUUUCUUUGUCGCUCUCUCCCAUUCACUUUUCCAUUCUUUCUCUCUCGCAAUCUCUCUCUUGUUAUCUCUCCCUCCCUCCCUCUUUUGUUAUCUCUCCCUCCCUCCCUCUCUCAUUUGUUAUCUCCCUCCCUCUCUCAUUUGUUAUCUCCCUCCCUCUCUCAUUUGUUAUCUCCCUCCCUCUCUCAUUUGUUAUCUCCCUCCCUCUCUCAUUUGUUAUCUCCCUCCCUCUCUCAUUUGUUAUCUCCCUCCCUCUCUCAUUUGUUAUCUCCCUCCCUCUCUCAUUUGUUAUCUCCCUCCCUCUCUCAUUUGUUAUCUCCCUCCUCUCUCAUUUGUUAUCUCCCUCCCUCUCAUUUGUUAUCUCCUCCCUCUCUCAUUUGUUAUCUCCUCCCUCUCUCAUUUGUUAUCUCCUCCCUCUCUCAUUUGUUAUCUCCCUCCCUCUCUCAUUUGUUAUCUCCUCCUCUCUCAUUUGUUAUCUCCUCCCCCUCUCUCAUUUGUUAUCUCCUCCUCUCUCAUUUGUUUGUUAUCUCCUCCUCUCUCAUUUGUUAUCUCCUUCUCUCAUUUGUUAUCUCCCUCUCUCAUUUGUUAUCUCCCUCUCUCAUUUGUUAUCUCCCUCUCUCAUUUGUUAUCUCCCUCUCUCAUUUGCUAUCUCUCCCUCCCUUUCUCUCUCGUUAUCUCUCCCUCCCUUUCUCUCUCGUUAUCUCUCCCUCCCUUUCUCUCUCAUUAUCUCUCCCUCCUUUCUCUCUGUUAUCUCUCCCUCCCUUUCUCUCUCUCCCUCCCUUUCUCUCUCGUUAUCUCUCCCUCCCUUUCUCUCUCGUUAUCUCUCCCUCCCUUUCUCUCUCGUUAUCUCUCCCUCCCUUUCUCUCUCGUUAUCUCUCCCUCCCUUUCUCUCUCGUUAUCUCUCCUCCCUUUCUCUCUGGUUAUCUCUCCUCCUUUUCUCUCGUUAUCUCUCCUCCCUUUCUCUCUCGUUAUCUCUCCCUCCCUUUCUCUCUCUAGAUUAUCUCUCCCCUCCCUCAUUAUCUUAUCUCUCCUCUCCCUCCCUUUAUCUCUCCUCUCUCUCUCGUUAUCUCUCCUCCCUUUCUCUCUCUCGUUAUCUCUCCUCCUUUCUCUCUCGUUAUCUCCCCUCCCUCUCUCAUUCGUUAUCUCUCCUCCCUCUCUCAUUCGUUAUCUCUCUCCCCUCUCAUUCGUUAUCUCCCUCCCUCUCUCAUUAGUUAUCUCUCCCUCCCUCUCUCAUUCGUUAUCUCUCCUCCCUCUCUCGUUCGUUAUCUCUCCCCCCUCUCUCAUUCGUUAUCUCUUCCCCCCUCCCUCUCUCAUUCGUUAUCUCUUCCCCUCCCUCUCUCAUUCGUUAUCUCUUCCCCCUCCCUCUCUCACUUGUUAUCUCCUCUCCUCCCUCUCUCCUUGUUAUCUCCCUCCUCCCUCGUUAUCUCCCUCUCUCGUUAUCUCUCCCUCUCUCGUUAUCUCUCCCUCUCGUUUGAUAUCUCUCCCUCCCUCCCUCUCUCAUUUGAUAUCUCUCCCUCCCUCCCUCUCUCAUUUGAUAUCUAUCCCUCCUCCCUCUCUCAUUUGA